UAUUUAAAUGUCAAAAUUUAGCAGAGUUUAUGUCGGUUAACCUUUCUCCGUGCAUAUUAAUUUUAACAUUUGCGUUCUCUUAUAACGAGCGGGAUUUAUGCAAACUAUGCAGGAGUUUCCUUACGUUUUGUCAGAAUACGAAGAAAUAAAUUCUCUUCUUUAUAAACCUAUCAAUUCGACCCAACGAAUCAAGUACACAUGUUUCAAUACAUCUCCCAAUUACAUUAUACUGGGUUCAACCAGUGGCAGUAUUUACCUGUUUUCAAAGAAAAAAUGCUCAUUUUUACAACUAAUACCUUUAUCGGAAGGAGCAGUUUCUCAUGUUCUCAUAUCACCUGAUGAAAAGAUAAUUGCACUGGCAACAAUACGUAGGGUGGUUUGUUUGGUAGCUUUGAAACCUACGCCAAAAUUGAUAGCCACUUCAAUGGAACAUAAAAACGAACAAAUUAACUGCCUUUGUUGGAAUGAUAAUAGUUCUGAAAUAUAUAUUGGAGAUUGGAAUGGCAAAGUUUCCAUUAUGACAUUAUCCAUUUUCACUGUAAACGGCAUGUUUCAAGCACCAGCCUGUACAUUAAUGAAUUUGGAUUCGGCCAUUGUGCAACUUAGUUUCUCUUCACCUUUAUUGUUAGUGUCGACCUUAACUCGUUGUUAUAUAUGCGAUACGGUACAAGAACAAUACAAACAAAUAGGGAAUAAAACACGUAACGGAGAAUACGGCGCUUGUUUCUAUAAAACGUACCUUACAAAUACUAAAAGUACCAUAAUUAACCAAAAGGAAGAGAAAAUCAAUAGAAAGCGUUCCUUUAAUUUAAUUCCCGAGGGUAUUAGCAGCGUACAAGUAGAAAAUUUCCCUCAAAUUUUUUGUGCUCGUCCAGGUUCUAGACUUUGGGAAGUGUCUGCAAAUGGACUUGUUAUUAAAACUCAUCAGUUUAAAAAAGCACUAGCUAUUCCACCAGUAACCAUAUGCAGACCGAAUAUUAGGAAAUCCUCUUAUCAGAAGCAAAUGGAGGAAACUUGGGCUCCGCAAUCCGUUAUCUUUUCACAUUUGUUUGUCGUAGCGGAGAAAUAUUUAUUUUGGUAUACUUCUAAUGGUCUGUACAUAGUUGAUCCUGUGACCGCAACAGUAGUACUUUGGAACAACGAAUUUUCGAAUAUAAGUAUGGCAGAGACUAUAGAAAACAGAAUAUAUUUGAUGACUUCCAACGGAGAAUUUCAUUGUUUAGUUCUGUGUUUCUUAGAUUCUCUAAUAUUACAAUUGUACAAUAGGAAGAAAUACUACGAAUGCUUAGAGACGUGUCUUUUGCAUAAAGUACAACUGAAGACGUUAAUAAAGAGUAAUGAGAUUAACAAAAUAUGUGAUAUCGAAAACAAGCUUGAAGUACUUAAAGAUGACGAGUUGUCGACGCUGUUGCAUCCUUUAAAGCUUCUAUUGGAAUCUAAUUCUAAGAUAAGCCCGAAGAAAUUAGAUUCGGGUAUCGUUGUCGUUAAUUCCGGAAAUCCGGACUUGCGAGAGGAAAACUUUAAAUACAAGUCUCAUUGUUCCUCGCAAAAUAACGGAAGUCCUUGUGAAUCCGAAUUAACGAUAGAGGCCGAUGCGUUGGUUUGUUUAUCAACUGAUUCGACCAAUGAAAUAAAGGAAGAUGAAGAUGGAAAUUGCAAUACAACAAAUAAAGUAGAAAGUAAUGACGAGAAAUUAUCGGAGACUACACAAGAAUUGAAUUCGAAUAAAAGUGCGAUGCAAAGAAUACAAACAGAUUUGGAAGCUAUAUACACAUUAAUUCGAGAUAUUAGACUAUCUAUGAACGAAGGGGAAUUAGAGACAAUAAUGUCACGCAUAAAUUGGAGAAUGAAUGUUAUCAGAGAUUCGUACGAAACGUUAACAGAUUUGAAAAGCUUCGUGUACGAAAUCGUAAGAAGCGCAGAAUUAUAUUACUUCAGUACUCUGUUAGAGAAUACUCGAACACAGUUAAUUCAAUCGACCGAGAAUAAGUACAUUAUAAAACAGAUAAUGAAAGCUUUUGUUAAUAUAAAUGCACAAACCUGCAGUAGGUGUACCUGUGGUAGUCCAUGCCCAACAAACGAAUUAGUCGAACCAAAGUUCCUAGGGAUUGGUAGACCCUUUCUUAAAAGAUUUGUAGUUGAAAAUAAAGAGCAAUGUAUAAAUUUAUGUAACAGAGUACCUUACAUGUGGCGAGAAUAUUUACCAAUGUACGUGGAACAGCACGGUGUACCGAUGAACGAUAUACUGCAACAGUGCCUUCAGAUUAGAGACAGUAUUGUGCUUUCCAUUCUGUUGCCUUUAUUGGAUGAAAAACAGUGGAACCUUGUCGCAAUGUAUGUAAAAGAAAUAGAGAAAGGGCAGUGUCUAUUCUGCGGUAAAUCUAUAAAGAAUGGAAACAACGAAAUAUCAAUAAAAUGGAGCAAUGUGAUACACGAAAUUAUGAAAAAGCAAGGACCCGAUGUUGCUAUGACGCUAUUAGUGAAGUUGGAAAAAAUUAUACCAAAUGUUCCUAUUGAUAAAAGUAUAUUUCAGUCGCUUAUAUUUACAAAAAUCUUAUAUCAACAUGGAAUGAAACGUGUCGUUAAUUUCAAUAAAAACACUCUCGGAUCAUCCGAAUACAGCACAAUAUGUUCCACGAAGAUUCGAGAUCAACUGGUAGAAGUUCUCGAAAAUGAUCUAGAUAGACCUAUUAAUAAAAACAUAUUUGGAAGCGGAGCUCAUCAUUGGGGGAUGCAUUUUCAAAAUAAACACGCGACAUGUCCCUGUUGCACGUUAUCCCUUCAGACACCAGUUCUGUUAGGUAACAAUGGAAUUGCAAUAUUUGGUUGCGGCCACGCUUAUCACGUAAACUGUAUGAUAGAAAAGAAACUUACGACCUGUAAUCUUCAUUCUUAAAUUGUAUAUACGUAUAUAGCAAACAACAAAUCACGUAAAAGAAACUAUCGACGCGUAAGCGUAGCUCCCGUAAUGAUAUUUAAGCGAACAAAUUGCACGUUGCUCGUCUAGUCAUAGAAAUACAAAUUUUUCGCGUGUACUUUUACAAAAUACGAACAAUUAGCUUUAUAAGCAUAUAUGUAAAUUUAUUGUCCUGAUACAAAUCUUUGUCGCAGACAAAUUUUAUGAUUUAACAAUGAACUGUUAAGCGAACUUAGAAAAUAAACGUUUAUGCCUGAAUCUCUCUGGUGAUAUAAUUAAAUUGUAAUUAAUUGAACGGUGUUGUUAAAGCAUUGUAAAAUACAAUUUUGUUUUCGUACAAAACUAAAUAGUAAAAAUGACAAUGUGUAUCAUACUUGUUACACAAGGAAUACAAAAGUUGUACUUUGAA